AUGAACUAUCAAGUCUUGACCGAAUCUCCUGCUUAUACAGUUUGACUUAUUAUGGUAAAAAUAGAUAAAUCAUCUUUUUGCAGCUCGUCAACUUCAUCUCGGACAUUGGAGGUCAGGUCGGCCUCUUCUUGGGCAUGAGCAUCAUCUCGGUCAUCGAGUUCCUCACACUCUUCUUUUUGCUCGGUUUCUACUGCGCCACCCACAAGAGUCGUCGGAUGCAGAUCGAGGAGCUGGAGGUGGACAUCAACAAAGCCAAGGUUCCUUAUCACUUUUUCUUCGGAACAUCCCAGACAAAUUAAAGGACCACGCGGAUUCUGUGGCGGCAAAGGCGCGAAAACAUGAGCUGGACAACCACGCCUUCUACUCCGAUGCAGGCGACCCCGUUCCGCCCAGACCCGCCGACGCUCCUUGA